AUGGCUUCUUUGUGUAGCACAGUGAAGAGAGAGACAACAGAGUGGCAACAGCAUGACGUGCGACAAAUAAAGAGAUGGGAGACGAAUGAGCAGAAUGGCUUCACGGCAAAGAGCACCGCUUCACGGCGGCGCUCAGAGGUGGUCUCCAACGGUUGUGGUGUUUUAAGAGCUGGUCCUAAAAUUGUAGUCCUUCCUCGGCCUUCAGAGCCAGGAUACUUGGAACAUGGUUCGAAAUCAUUAGAAAUUCUAAAGAGUAUUGUUUAUGGAGGUUUAGUGGAAUCAGUCACAAGCUUGAGUAUAGUGUCAUCUGCAGCUGCUUCUGAAACUGCCACAAUGAACAUUGUGGCUCUUGCAUUGGCAAAUGUGAUAAGUGGAGUAUUCAUUAUUGCUCAUAAUCUGAGGGACAUGAAGAAUGAGUGUCCAGUACCAGACUCAAAUGAACAAACAGAUAGAUACCAAGAACUAAUUGGCAAGAGAGAGAACUUCCUAUUCCAUUUCACUUUUGCCAUUCUAUCAUUCCUUCUAUCUGGCCUAAUCCCUCCUGCAGUUUACGGCUUGGCAUUUGAGAAGACUGGCAAUAAAGAUUACACGAUUAUAGCAGUUGUAGUAGCUUCUCUUGUAUGCAUAAUUCUACUUUCAAUUGGAAAGGCUUAUUGUAAAGAGGAACACAGAUAUAUUGCAUACUUCAAAACAAUUUCGUACUAUGUCAGCAAUGCAGUUGCUGUUUCUGGUGUUGCCUAUGCAAUGGGAGAUCUAAUCAAGAUACUCGUUGAGAAACUUGGCUGGUUUGAGCCAAGCACACCUACACCUGCCACUUUGUUCAAUUCCGGGAUAAAUUCUGCCACUCCAUUCGUGGCUUACUCUUGA